GCUUUGUGACGCCAUCACCGUAUUCCCAUUCGGCGCGCUGCACCGUGCUUUGAGAACGUUGUGUGAGCGGAUCGAAGGAAGAACUUCACCAUGAGUAAAGCGCACCCGCCCGAAUUGAAAAAGUUCAUGGACAAAAAAUUAUCCUUAAAGUUAAAUGGCGGGAGACAUGUACAGGGAAUACUUCGAGGAUUUGACCCUUUCAUGAAUCUUGUGGUAGAUGAAUGCACAGAAGUGGCACCAAGUGGGCAUCAGAAUAUUGGCAUGGUCAUACGAGGGAACAGCAUAAUCAUGUUGGAAGCUUUGGAACGAGUAUAGCAUUAGGAUAUGUUGAACCACCUAACCCCUCCCUGUGAUCUCAACCCUUUAACUAGUCCUCUUUCUGAAUUCAGGCCGUAUACAUUUGUUGUACUGUUCACAUUUUCUUUUUUGUA